UCUAUUUUCAGAAAUAGGUACUUCUGACUGCUGGCGUUUUCGCAGCAAAAUCAGUGAUGUUAAUCUUUUAACUUGAUAGCUUUUGUAAAUUCAUCGUUUAUCGUUGUGAAAAAGUCGAAAAUAAAGUUCAAUCCGCAUUGAAAUAUUAAUAAACGAAAUAUUGUUGUGAUUUACAAUAAAAUGCAUCUUGAUUCAAUGUCCGAAUUGAAACUGAUCGUGAGCUAUGGCGAGAAUACGAUUGUAGAAUUUUGGUGUUAAAAUUGUUCUGUGUGUCAUUGCCAUUUAAGUUUUCUUUUAUUUAAGAGCAAUAUAAAUUUGUUUGUUUGCGACGAUUUAUGUGUUUUAAUAAUUUUAUAUUGUUCAAAAUUGAUGAUUCGAGUGAGUUAAAUUAAAUUGUCAUCGACUGACCGGCUGAUAUUACACGAGGCUUGUAUGUAUGUGACUUCUGCCUUUUGCUAUUUGUGACACGCCUCACAAAAUAAAUUGAAUUUUUAAAUGGACAUUUUCCGUUUUGUUUUUGUGAUAUUUUAGUGAAAAGACGUUGCUGAAUUACGUAACAAUUGUGGAAUCAAAAGUGUUUAUAGGAUGACCUGAGUAUAAUCACUCCAUUACCGUCAUGAGUGACGAAGGAAUGUUUGUUUAGGUUCUAUAUUACGUUCGAGUGUACGAAGAGCUCGUUUAUCUUGUUUAUUUGGCUGGAUCAUGAAUUUAUCAGAAAAUACACAAUUUUUGAAUUAAUUACUCUCGACACACCUUCAAUUUGGACUUUUUAUACUCACAAAAUGUCUUCGGGAACGUUUGUUGAUAGAAUUGACCCCUUUGCAAAAAGGUCUCUCAAGAAAAAGACCAAAAAAUCUCAGGGGUCGUCACGUUAUCGGAAUACGCAAGAUGUGGAGUUGCAGGCAUUGCCACCUUUUAAAGAUGUCCCCAAUACUGAACAAGAGGAUUUGUUCAUCCGAAAACUGCGGCAAUGUUGUGUUGCAUUUGAUUUUAUGGAUCCUGUUGCUGAUAUAAAAGGGAAAGAGAUAAAGCGUGCCACAUUGAAUGAACUUGUUGAGUACGUCACUGUUCGACUUGGGGUUCUCACAGAGCCAGUGUACCCCGAGAUAAUAAAGAUGAUAUCGGCAAAUCUAUUUCGCACUCUGCCACCUAGUGAGAAUCCAGAUUUUGAUCCCGAAGAAGAUGAUCCUACCUUGGAAGCAUCAUGGCCGCACCUACAGUUGGUGUAUGAAUUCUUUUUGCGCUUCCUUGAAUCAACUGAGUUCCAGCCAACUAUUGGCAAAAAAUCCAUUGACCAGAAAUUUGUAUUGCAGCUUUUAGAUUUGUUUGAUUCGGAAGACCCGCGAGAACGUGAUUUCCUUAAGACGGUGCUCCAUCGUAUCUACGGAAAGUUUUUGGGUCUGAGAGCUUUUAUAAGGAAACAAAUCAAUAACAUUUUCCUGAGAUUUGUGUACGAAACUGAGCACUUCAACGGUGUUGGUGAACUUCUAGAAAUAUUGGGAAGUAUAAUAAACGGGUUCGCCUUGCCGUUGAAGAGCGAGCACAAACAGUUUCUGGUGAAGGUUCUGCUGCCGCUGCACAAGGCGAAGUGCCUGUCGCUGUACCACGCGCAGCUCGCCUACUGCGUGGUGCAGUUUCUGGAGAAGGAUGCCACGCUCACCGAGCCGGUGGUGCGAGGACUGCUCAAGUACUGGCCCAAGACGUGUUCUCAGAAAGAGGUUAUGUUCCUUGGUGAGAUUGAAGAAAUAUUGGAUGUCAUCGAGCCGGCGCAGUUCGUCAAAAUACAAGAGCCAUUGUUCAGACAAAUAGCGAAAUGUGUGUCCAGUCCUCAUUUUCAAGUGGCUGAAAGAGCAUUGUACUAUUGGAACAACGAAUAUAUACUGUCUCUGAUUGAAGAGAACAACCAAGUGAUAAUGCCAAUAAUGUUCCCUGCCCUGUACCGGAUGAGCAAGGAGCACUGGAAUCAGACCAUAGUGACAUUUAUUUACAAUGUGCUAAAAACGUUCAUGGAAAUGAAUUCCAAACUCUUUGAUGAGCUCACUGCUAGCUACAAGGCGGAAAGGCAAAAAGAGAAAAAGAGAGAGAAAGAGCGCGACGAGUUGUGGAAGCAGCUGGGAGAGAUGGAAAUAAGUAGCAAGCGACAGCACGCGCCCGCACUCGCCAAGUGAUGCCGUCUGCGAGUAGAUAAUGCGAUCGUAAUUAUAUACCAUCCUUCCACACCUUAUGUUAUAGUUGUCAUCGCCUUGUUUCUACACGUAAUGGAGGACAUGGUAGACGUCGUGGUGCCAACAGUCGCUCUGACCUGUGAUCAUGGCUGUUUACCAAUGGACACUCUAUGUCAUCGCAACUCAUACACAGAACAGAGAAAAAGAUCUACGAAAUAUUGACAGUUGCAGUCACCACCCAGAUUUUAUAUGUUAUCUUUGCCUAGUUUCUUUUCAAAAUGAAGAAAUUGAUGGUUAUGAUGUAUGGGCUGAUGGUUGGUUCGGAACCUCAAGUGUUAGAGUUUGAGAGAUUGUUUAAAAAACUUACGCUUUUUUUUUGUUUCAAGUCAGUUACUAAUAAAAAUGAUAGAUUUUAGAAUGAAGCUGGAAUACAAAAACACUCGGGGUACGGAUCAUUGGGGUAAUUGUCAACUAUGUUAUGUAUAUUGAGUUUGUCAAUUGCAACUUGACAUGACGUUAAUUUAAUUCUAUUGUAAAGUAUGGUUAUAGUUUGUCGUUAGAGUUAUCGCUUUGUUUUACGUGUAACCCCCGACGUAGACUGCAUGACAUUUCCAAUCCUUUUCUCGGCUCUGUGUUCGUGUACCUUUUGUAUGUCCAACCGUCGCCAGUCCGCCGGGCGGAUCUUUAUAAAGGACUCUACCCACUACAACGUAUCAGACCAUGACCGUGCCAUGAACGUGUCAGGCAAAAAAAUAUUCUCUGUAUUAAAAAGUAUGAGACCAUGCCAACUAGCCCGUUCCGUUACCGACCAGCACCGUAGCGUGCCAUGCAUGGAGCGGCAAGUAUUGUCGGCGAGAAUAUUUUGCCGGUGGCUAUACGCUCUGUGCAUGACACGCGACGUUGCCACACCGGUGCGUUGAGUGAAUUGAUACGCUCUAGUGGGCAUAGUAGAGCCUAUCGUGUUGCUUGUCGUGUCUGAUACGUUCAUAGCACGGUCAUGGUAUGAUACGAUGCAGUGGGUAGAGUUCUUAACGAUGCGUUCCAAGUAAGAAUAGACGUUAUCCCUCGCCAUUUUAAAUGUCACCGUUCCAAAUCUUUGAAUACAUAGUUUAAUAUGUAUUUCUGCCUUUUUUUUGUUAUCAAGUGGUAUGAACUUUAAGCCUAUUCUUAUUUGGAAUCCAUUAUAUACUAGUAUUUUAUAUUUGUUCAUGUAGAACACUAGAUUACGUUAGGAAUUUUUUAAUAUUGUUAAAUUGUUUAAAUAAUUUAAAUUUGUAUGUAUUGAUUACUGAUGCCUGAUUGAUUGAUUGGUUGUAUUGCAUUUUGGAGCGUCGACUUUGAUAAUCGGGCACCCAGCUUUCGGCUGAAUGGUUGUACAAAAAAAAAAAUCUAAGACGUAAUUCGUUGUAUGUGAGUUCCGGUCACCAGCUUGUGUCACGUGGACUAGUUGAUAACGACAUAAUAUGUAUGUAAGGUAGCGUAGCGGAGCGGCUGGAACUCGCGCCUAGAUUGUUCUAUGAACUUUUGUUUCAUUAGAUGCUGAUUAAAAAGAAUGUAAUUUAAUCGUACUUUCAUUUUGUAUAGAUACAUAGUGUAAAUAGGCAUUUAUUUAUUAUAAAUUGAUAGCUGUGCGAGUUUUACACAUGGCGGGAGCGGGAGAGCCGCCAUGUUGCGCACGCGCUCGCAGCUCGGCGUCACCGGGAACGUUCAUUGGAUUGUAUCGGAGUAGAACAAUGCUAAAGUAGAUAUAAUAAUUUUUAAGGGAAUAGUCAUUAAUUUGUAUGAUAUUGCUGUAGCUAUUAAUUUUUCUAUCGUCACUCGUAGCGCGGGCGCCUCUGUAUAUACGGUUCGCGUCCGGCAGCCUAGCGGGACACUGCGUAUGUAUCUAUGUACACUAUGGAGAUGUUUGUUAUGUAAAAUGUAUUAACAUUGCAAAAAUUAUAUGAUCUUAUAUAUAAAUUACUAUUAUAGUACACAGUAUGGAAAUAAAAAAGUUGACUCACAUAAAUUGAAUUGUUUAAGUAUGUACGUGUAAGGUUUAUAUAUUAUAGUGUCGCACUGAGCGCUUCUUCUCGCCUCGCCUGCCCCGCCCCGACUAACUCGACACAGAGACUAACAUUUUAAUAUUGUUGUUCCGGUACGCGAAAUACAUAACAAAUUUUCACAUUAA